AUGUCCAUCCAGCUGGUGAAAGUUACAGGAUUCACCAUCAAGAAAAAUAACAAUUUGGGACCAGGCUUUCUCAGAAGAGAACUCGAUGCCACAGCAACAAUAUUGGCUAACCGACAAGAUGAAAGUGAGCAGUCUAGAAAAAAACUUAUCGAGCAAAGUCGCGAGUUCAAGAAAAACACUCCAGAGGACCUUCGCAAACAGGUAGCUCCAUUACUGAAGAGUUUCCAAGGAGAGAUUGACGCAUUGGGUAAAAGAAGCAAAGAAGCAGAGGCAGCCUUCUUGAAUGUUUAUAAGAGAUUAAUUGAUGUUCCAGAUCCAGUUCCAGCCUUGGAUUUAGGACAGCAACUUCAGCUCAAGGUUCAACGUAUGCACGAUAUUGAAACAGAGAACCAGAAACUUAGGGAAACUCUAGAGGAAUAUAACAAAGAAUUCGCUGAGGUGAAAAAUCAAGAGGUUACAAUAAAAGCACUUAAAGAGAAAAUCCGAGAAUAUGAACAGACCCUGAAGAACCAAGCUGAGAAUAUAGCUCUUGAAAAAGAACAAAAAUUACAAAAUGAUUUCGCGGAGAAGGAGAGAAAAUUGCAGGAGACACAGAUGUCGACAGCCUCGAAGCUGGAAGAAGCCGAACACAAAGUUCAAGCUUUGCAAACAGCCUUGGAAAAAACCAGAACAGAACUAUUUGAUCUGAAAACAAAAUAUGAUGAAGAAACUACUGCAAAGGCUGAUGAAAUCGAGAUGAUCAUGACAGACCUUGAAAGAGCAAAUCAGAGGGCAGAGGUGGCUCAGAGAGAGGCAGAGACCUUAAGGGAGCAGCUCUCGUCAGCUAACAAAUCUCUCCAACUCGCUACGCAGAUCCAGAAGGCACCUGAUGUGGAGCAGGCCAUCGAGGUGCUAACACGGUCCAGCUUGGAAGUAGAAUUGGCUGCAAAGGAGCGGGAAAUUGCCCAGCUCGUAGAAGAUGUCCAGAGACUACAAGGCAGCCUCACCAAGCUGCGGGAGAACUCCAGCAGCCAAAUCUCACAGCUGGAGCAGCAGUUAACCGCCAAGAACAGCACGCUUAAACAACUGGAAGAAAAACUGAAAGGACAGGCUGAUUAUGAAGAGGUUAAGAAAGAAUUAAAUAUAUUGAAAUCCAUGGAGUUUGCACCAUCUGAAAGCUCUGGUGCGCAGGAUGCAUCUAAACCGCUGGAGGUGCUGCUGCUGGAGAAGAACCGCUCCUUGCAGUCUGAGAAUGCCACGCUGCGUAUCACUAAUAGUGACCUGAGUGGGUCAGCCAGGAGAAAAGGGAAAGACCAGCCUGAGAGUCAGCGUCCUGCAACCUUGCCGGCCUCCCCUCCUUCUCAGUUGCUCCGCAACGCGGGGGAGCAGGCAUCCAAUACUAAUGGUACACACCAGUUCUCACCAACGGGUUUAAGUCAAGACUUUUUCAGCUCAUCCCUGGCAAGCCCCAGCUUACCCCUGGCCUCCACAGGAAAAUUUGCACUAAACUCUCUCCUCCAGCGACAGCUAAUGCAGUCCUUCUACUCCAAGGCAAUGCAGGAAGCAGGAAGCACAAGCAUGAUUUUUUCAACAGGUCCUUACAGCACAAACUCCAUCUCUUCCCAAAGUCCAUUACAACAAAGUCCGGAUGUAAAUGGCAUGGCCCCAUCUCCCAGCCAGUCAGAAAGUGCUGGGAGCAUCUCCGAAGGCGAGGAGAUAGACACAGCCGAAAUUGCACGUCAGGUGAAAGAGCAGUUGAUCAAGCACAAUAUUGGACAGCGGAUAUUUGGACAUUAUGUGUUGGGACUGUCGCAAGGGUCUGUGAGUGAGAUACUAGCCCGGCCAAAGCCAUGGAAUAAACUGACUGUGAGAGGCAAGGAGCCAUUUCAUAAGAUGAAGCAGUUCCUCUCGGACGAGCAGAACAUCUUGGCUCUUCGCAGCAUCCAGGGUAGACAAAGAGAGAAUCCAGGCCAGAACCUGAACAGACUAUUUCAGGAAGUACCGAAACGAAGAAAUGGGUCUGAAGGUAAUAUAACCACACGAAUCCGAACCACAGAGACUGGCUCUGAUGAAGCCAUCAAAUCCAUUCUUGAACAAGCCAAAAGGGAGCUGCAAGUACAGAAAACAGCUGAGCCGGCUCAGCCGCCUUCUGCAUCUAGCAGUGGCAAUUCUGAUGAUGCUAUUCGAUCCAUUCUGCAACAAGCCCGACGCGAAAUGGAGGCACAGCAGGCUGCCCUUGAACCUGCCUUAAAAACAACACCUUUAUCUCAAGCUGACAUUUCUAUCCUGUCCCCCAAACUAGUAUCUACACCUGCAAUGUCUUCGGUUUCCAGCUAUUCUCCUUUGGCCAUAUCCCUGAAGAAACAUUCAUCUGUCACUGAUUCCAGUAUCUCUGCAUUGCAGAACCUCUCUGGGCUCAAAAAGGAGCCUCAGGAGGCACCUGUUUUAGAGCUUCAUGGAAUAAGUGAUUCUGCCCAGGGUAUGUUGAGGCAUGUUAAAAAUGAGUUGGGACGUGGUGGUGUUUGGAAGGACCAUUGGUGGAAUACUGUGCAGCAUGAGAGAAGAAAUGCAGCUCUUCCCGAAGAUAUAAAAGUUGAGGAAGCCAGUGGUGGAAAAGAAAAGGUCAGCAAUCAGACUAGGCCAGAUCGUAGCCAGCUCCAAGGACCAUCUUCUUCAGAGUAUUGGAAAGAGUGGCCAAACGCUGAAUCUCCGUACUCGCAGAGUUCUGAAUUGAGCAUGACUGGGGCGAGUCGCAGUGAGACGCCACAAAAUAGCCCCCUCCCUUCAUCCCCUAUCGUGUCCUUGUCAAAGCCAUCCAAACCUUCAGUUCCUCCACUGACACCUGAGCAGUAUGAGAUUUAUAUGUACCAGGAAGUGGAUACAAUAGAACUAACGCGUCAGGUCAAAGAAAAGCUAGCAAAGAAUGGCAUCUGCCAAAGGAUCUUUGGGGAAAAGGUAUUGGGGCUGUCCCAAGGAAGUGUCAGUGACAUGCUCUCCAGGCCAAAGCCAUGGAGUAAAUUGACACAAAAAGGCCGAGAACCAUUUAUUCGUAUGCAGCUCUGGUUGAAUGGUGAGCUGGGACAGUGUGUCCUGCCUGCACAAGGGCAGCAACAAGGACAAGUCCUUCACUCUGUGACAUCAUUACAGGAUUCCCUACAGCAGGGAUGUGCAAGCUCAGAAAGCACUCCAAAGACUUCUGCCAGUUGCAGUCCUGCUCCUGAAUCUCCUAUGAGUUCCAGUGAAUCAGUGAAAAGCCUGACUGAAUUGGUACAGCAGCCCUGUCCCACUAUAGAGACAAGUAAGGAUGGCAAAUCCCAAGAAUCUAGUGAGCCGCCUGCUUCUGAAUCCCAGUCCACAACACCUUUGCCGCUGUCAGGCCACUCGGCACUCAGCAUUCAAGAACUGGUUGCUAUGUCCCCUGAGCUGGAUACGUAUGGCAUUACAAAAAGGGUCAAAGAAGUGCUAACGGACAACAAUCUUGGUCAGCGUUUGUUUGGGGAGACAAUCCUAGGGCUAACACAAGGCUCUGUCUCAGACCUUCUGGCUCGCCCAAAGCCCUGGCACAAGCUGAGUUUGAAGGGACGAGAACCCUUUGUCCGCAUGCAGCUGUGGCUGAACGAUCCCAACAACGUGGAGAAGCUGAUGGAUAUGAAACGAAUGGAGAAAAAAGCUUACAUGAAACGGCGACACAGCUCCGUUAGUGACAGUCAGUCUUGUGAGUCCUCAUCCGCUGGCAUAGACUACAGCCAGGGGGCCAGCCCGCAGCCGCAGCAUCAGCUGAAGAAGCCCCGGGUGGUGCUGGCACCAGAAGAGAAGGAAGCUCUGAAACGAGCCUACCAGCAAAAGCCAUACCCAUCACCAAAAACCAUUGAGGAACUGGCUACGCAGCUCAACUUGAAAACCAGCACCGUGAUCAACUGGUUCCACAAUUACAGGUCUCGCAUCCGCCGGGAGCUGUUCAUCGAGGAGAUCCAAGCGGGAAGCCAGAGCCAGGCCGGGUCGAGCGAUUCUCCUUCGGCGAGAAGCAGCAGAGCCGCUCACAGCUCGGAGGGAGACAGCUGCGACGGCGUGGAUGCGGAAGGCCCACCUGAAGGAAAGCCAAGCGGUCCGGAGGCGGACGAGUACAGCAAUGCAACCACAAAGUCUCAGGGAGGGCAAGCGGAGUCAGCUCUGGAAGCGGGGGAAGAGGCACUGCCUGGCGCCAGGCCUUCGGAGAGAGCGGAGCCGUUCCUCUUGGGAGCGGAGAGCCUGGAGGACACCGACGACGAGGGCAGGCUCAGAGCGCCGCGCCAGAGCUCUCCAGCGGGGUCUCAGCGUUCGGGAGAAGCUCUGGAGACACUGCCCAAUUCCACCACGGAAGGGGAUGCCUCUACCUCAGCUGCCUCCACCUCAGUCCUUACAGGGGAGAGCUCCUACAAGUCAAAAGAAAGUUCAGAGAAAAUCUCCAGCGUGCCAAGUACGAGUUCAACACCGGCCGCAGGCUCGCAGAAAGCCAACUCUCUCCAGAGCUUGUUCAGCUUCUCCGAGGCCGCGAGCUCCAGGAACACGCGAGACAGCUCCUUGAGGAAAAAGAAAGCAGCAAACUUGAACAACAUAAUCCACCGCUUGGAGAAGGCCGCGAGUCGAGAAGAGGCUGUCGAGUGGGAGUUUUGAGAUUAAAACUCGCCCAACUCUGGAGAGCUGGGAAGUGAAACUGGACCUCUACUGGUUUUAUUGUGUUGCGCACUUAACCGCCCUGCGGGCCACAGGGCAAAAACGCCAUAGGCCAAGGUGCAUAUAGAAAACAAAAGGAGCGUUAAGCCCAAUUUAUGUUUGUGUUUUCGAGGAAGAAAACUGAAAUGUGUAGUCGAGCUUUUUUGUACCCUGAAGUGUUUUUAUUAUUGCCCUAAGUGAUUUCCACAAUUUCUGGAAUAACUCAUACAGCUUUGCCUUGUGCCCUCCUCUUUGGUGUGGGCUUUAAAAAAAAAUGAAAAACGUUUAAAAAAAAAAAAAAUCAAACCCACAUAUUAAAAGGGGGCUUUUUAUCUGCCAUCUAAUGGCUACAGAGCGAUAAUACACUAUUAUCUUCUUAAACCAGGAAAAAAGGGGAGAUUUUUCAAAAAAAAAAAGAAAAAAAAAAGAAAGUUUUUUGUAGCUGUUCAGUUGCCACUAAGAGAUUGCACAGUCAACCGACUCUAAACACACUAGUUUGGAUUCCUACAUAUUUUCAAGAAAAGAAAAGAAUCUUGUUGUUUGAAACUUUGAAUUAAAAAAAAAAAAAAAACACAUUUACUCCACAUAUUUUUUAACAAAACAAAAAAAAAGUCACAUCAGGAAAAUAUCUUAAUUUGUGGUAGCUGACUUAGUGUUUUCUUGUAAGUGAAAUAGAAUAUUGACACGUAGUGCACAUUGUUUCAUAGCUUUAACUGAUUCUGGUCUUUUGCAGACCAGAAUUUGUUUAAUACACUCCAUUUUAGGCCAAAUCAGGACAAAAAAAAAUCUGAAUCUAGGUAUUUUAUAAUCUGCUUUUUAACCUCUAACCACAGAGCACGCUGAUCAGACCUCAUAUCUAGGAGGUUUAGGAGACAACUUAGAAACAGCAUGUACUUGAUCAUUUCACUUGGUUCGUAGUGUACAGGAUUUCCUUUCAGUAAAGUCAGAUAGCUCAAAAAGACGUUGGCCAGUAACAUUUCAGCCUGCUACUCGGGGACGUAUUCUGUAACCCCAAACGUUCAGCUUACCUGGAACCGAUGAAAGUGUAGUUCAUGUGUACGACUGCUGUCACACACCACUAAGAGGGGACUGGAGCUGCCUCAGAUAGAGAAGUUUUCCUGCUGUAGGUGGCCAUUUACUGACUCUCUUCCCACCACAAGCACUGAUUUUAAAUAUGUUUUAGUUGUGGGAAGCUUAUUUUUUAUGUGGAAAAAUAGUACAUGGCAAUGACCAGACGGGCUCUUACCAGGAUGGAAGCAGCCCAAACUCCAAACCAAAACGUUCAUGCUCUCGAGUCCCAGACUAGCCCAUUCUGCCCUGCAGAAAUACAGCCUUUUGCCAUUAUUUUAUGCACAGGUUAGGGCUGAUCAAAGUACAAAUCAAAUUCUAACUUGUCUCUAACUCCUCCUGUUGUCUAUAUGUAUAUGCGUGAGCAUAGAGGUGUGUGGAAGGAUGUGUGUGCGUGAGUGUGUGCGUGCAAUUUUAUACGUCUGUGUAUUUUCUUACGUACUUGUGCACACAUAGAGUGCAUUACUGCCACCUUUUUUCAAUAAGCUGUUUUAUCAGUUAUGGCUUCUACAAGUUUGCUAAUUUAGACUCCUUUAUUGCCAUAUCUUUAAAACUAACAAUAGAUGAUUUCGGAAUAUAUAUAUAUAUAUAAAUAUAUAUAUAUAUAAUUUUUGUUUGCUUAUUUAUAGGUGCUGUAUUUUAUUAUCUGAUUGUUAGGAAGGGAUGAAAGGGGGCAAAUAUUCUUUAGAGGGAUAGACUGCCGGCAGUAUUGGGUAUAAUUUACAAGAUGUAGUUGUCAUACUGUAUAUUAUUGAUUGAAGACUUUUUGACCGUAUUGUGUAUCAUUGAACUUUUGUCUUAGGUCAGCAUCUUUUUGAUGACACUUUAAUGGUGCAUUCAUUACUUCUUAAGUUUAAUUAAUAUUACUUUUCUGAUUUUGGGGGAGGGAGGGAUGGGGAGAGGAGUUCCGACUUUAAAGGUAUGUUCCCAAUAUUACACCUCAGUGUGCUUGUAUUAAUUCAUUAGUAGGAUUUUUGACUGUAAGAUGUGAAACCACAUUUCUUGCAUGAUGUUUUAGAACUUAUGUAUUUCAUUUACAGUCUCUUAACAUGCAACAGCAGCACUUAGCGCAAGUUUCACAAAUUAAGAAUCAGUACACUAAAACCAAUCCUUUUCAUGAUUAAGAAAAGAAGGCUCUAGGAGGCUGAAAGGCAGGGAUUUGUUUCCUCUUUUUACUGCUAGCUGUUUCAGGGUACCUCCUUGGGUAUUGGGGACUUGUGAUGCAAAACUAAAAUCGAGGAUCAGAGAGAGCAACGGCCCCUUUCUGUGAUGAGCUGAGGAGAUGGUCUGUAAUAGCAAACACCAGUGUGUGACAGCCCGUACUGGAAGCGAUUUUGGCUUCUUAUCUGGAGUGCAGUUAGUCCACGGGAACGGCCAGUGAGGGAAAUAACGUGGUGAAGCAAAGUGUUACCUCUCUGUAUCUGUACAAUGGUCUGGUUUGACGUAAAAAGCACAGCUCCAUCUAUAAAUGCGCGUCCUGGUAAAAGUACGCCUACCUUAAUAGAAGUCAUAACAAGAUGCGUCUUCAGCCAUGAAGCAAAACUUCUGACGAGAAGACAGAGAUAUUUUAUGUUCUGAAUUUUUGUCUUUAUUGUUCGGUUCAGGUUGUGUUGUGGUUGUUUUGUUUCUUCAAGUAGUUCUAGGCAGUACAUUUGCCGGUCUCUUUCUACUGUCCUUGUCUGCUGAUUUGAGAUCCAGGUGCUUGAUGCAGUCAAGUGGUUACUCUCGGCUUUCUCGAUAGGGAGGGUUUUUUUUUUCCUGUUUGAUCUUUUUUUUUUUAAAUUAAUAUUCCCCAAACUGUUCUUGUGCCUGUGUCGAUAUAAUUGCAUUCCAUAAUGCUUACUGAGAGCUCUUGCUGCAUUAUCCGACAGCAGAACUGUAUUCACAGGUUGAACACAAAUGCAGCAUUUAAGGUCAAUCUCUCUUCUUAAUAAGCAAUACGUAAGUGCCUUGAAACUUGUAUCUUUUUUUUUUUCCUGUUUGUUUUUAGAUUGCUUUUCAGGUUUCCACUAGUUCUUUAGGGUUCUCUAGCAUCUGCCCAGUUUUUAAUGCUAUAAUGGUUUUUAAAAUGCAUAUCUGUAGCUUGCCCUAGAGGAAAUUUUUCUGUUAUAACACUAACUGUUAAUUCUAAGCUCCAUUAUUACAUUUGAGUCAUGUAAUUUUGCUGGAUAAAGACAGCAUUCACAAGUCAGAAGUCACUCCAUCCUGCCAAGGGUUGUCAUUGGCAUCUAUUAUAAAAUUAAUCAAAUCAAAUGCUGUCAGUAUUUCCUAUAUUUUUGGCACUUUAUUAAUGGCUUAGCUCCUUUUGUUGUUUCAUAUUUAAUGAUCUGCGUUGAAUGUGGAUUAGCCUGCUGAGAUGCUGUGGGGGCGGCCCGGCCGCCCCGCUGGGCGUCACUCGGGGUCCCUUGGUGAGCGCCUCGUUCAGGGCACGGGCAGACGGACGCCCUCAGACCGAGCUCGUAGAGUUGAAGUGAUGCUCCCAGCUGUUUGUUCCCGAUUUUUAGCCAAGGUCACAGCUGCUUUUCUGUUCCAUUGGAAAGCAAAACGGAUUAGCUUGAACUACUGCUGAGAUUCUCUUGUUGGAGAUGAGCUACCUACUGGCUUUCCGAACGGGCAGAGACCUCCCUGGUUCAGAGACUUAACUUCAGCAACACUGAAAGAUUUUAGCUGUAUUUCUGUUCUUACGCGGCAUUUGAAAGUAACGCCUCUAGGAAAAAAAUAUCUAUUGGAGUAUUUUUUUUUUUACUUGAUUAACAGAAAAGGACAAAAAAGUUGCAGGAGAAGAAAUGCCAGAGAGUAGCACUGGGGCUUUUUAUGUUCUUUGGUCACUGCGCGGGAAGGCGAGCAGCAUUACAGAGGCGCAGGGGACCUGGGGCUCGUCCCGUGGCAUGGUCGUUUAGCAAAGCACAGAGCCUGGGAGCAGAGCACUGACUGAUGACAUUCCUUCUCCCGAUGGAUAAAAGCACAGACAGUUUUCAGAAAAGCUGUAACGCCAGAGUCUGUUUUGUUCUGAUUUGUUUCUCGAGGUUCUUUAAAAAUAGUUUUAUUUUCUUUCUAUAUCGAGUUCAGUGCUCUUCUAAAGCUGUGGAUGAAGGGCCCAGGCUAUUUUAACAAAAAUACCUUUAUAUUGCAGCAAAAAUUGUCGUUUUUCUUUCUGGAUGGUUAGGAAAGGCAAAAGGUGUAAUACUUGUUUAGGUAAAAGUAAGGGAAGAGUAUCCCUGGGCAGAGGGGUCAUCCAGUGCGAUUGUCAAUGCACUUCCAUAUUUGAGGAUACAAAUUUCAGAUGACAGGAUCGCACAUUACAAUUGGCAGAAAUGGUUCUAAUUACAGUUGUUGAUGCCGUAAAAUUCGACCAUUUUAUUUAUUCAUCUGUAAAAUGUCUCUAAAUUAUAGAGCCAUGCUUUAAAGGAACUUUUAUCGGUGCACUCUGUCCUUAUCAUGAAUUAGUGAAUAUUCAGUAAAAAACUCCUUGCUGUUACAAGAUCAGUCAUAUAGAUAAAAAGAAAAAUAUAUAUUUACAUGUGCCUUUCUCAUUAGGUGAAAGAUCCUCACGUUAGUUUUAUCAAACUUGUUCAUAUGGGAAUGGUGUAGAGAAGGGGGUUAUUGAAUGCGACAAUUCUAUGCAAUAUUCUCUAACCAUUUACUUAAAAGUUGCUGGUUUUCAGUCCUUCAGUGGGAGUAACAGUAAGCUAUAGAGGUGCAUCAUUCUGGUGGUAACUCAAGUUAGAAAGGUGAUAUGAGGGAGAUCUGACAAAGUAAUGUACUGAAAUGAUGGAAAAUGGUAGCAGUGAUUGCAGUCCCCACUAGCACAGUUGCAGUCAGAAGUCUGUCAUUUUCCAUCUUAAAAUUACUAAUUCCAAGUAUUCUUAAAACUUAUAGGAAAUAAAAAUGCUUCUGGCAAAAACAGGGCUGGUUAGAAACAGGAAAAAAAAAAUAUUUUGAUCAUCUAUAAAUUACGAGAAUACAUGAAAAAAAAAAUCCCUUGGACACUUCCUUGCACUUAAAUCCAAAUGAGUUUAUUUAAACUGAAAUGUUGCAGUAAUCUGGACUAGUGCCUUUAGCAAGGUUGCAAAGAGAUCAGAAAUCUUACUUAGCCAUUUGUUGCAAGCUGAAAGAAAAGCAGUUUGUUGCAUGCAGAUGGAGGGCACCAUUUUUGCUUCAUUUGUGUCUUUUUAACACGUGAGUUUCUUAAGCUCUCUCUUCUUACUUCUUGACUCUGUGUACAUAUCCUCAAGUAUUUUCUGUCCUAGAGCCACCCUGGGUGGCUUGUGCUGUGAGUGUUUCUUGAAGACUAUCAGAAACACAGGAGAAGAAAAGUUGGUUCUUACAGGGGGGAGGGGGGAUGAUUUCACAUUCACUAAAACCAAAUCAUGUCUUUCCCGGGAGUGAGUUGGGUUUUGACCCUGCUGAGACAAUUUGCUCAUAUCCUCUUACUCCUAAAUGUGACUCACGCAGACAAAACAGCAGUAAAGCAGUACUCAGUUCACACAUACAUUGGCCUGCUGCAUUCCCCUUGCACUUUCUGUUGCCCCACUACUUGAACAUCAACAUUUUCUUCCUUUGUGUUGCAUAUACAAUCAACUUAUUAAAAAGAAAAAAGAGAGAAUUUAAAAAUUCUGUACAAAUAUAUAUAUAUAUAUUAUUUUUUUCCAGCGGUUUAAAAUCUUGCUGGAUGGUUUUAAAUUGCAAGGAGAAUCACUGGCUUGGAAAGCACAAGAUCUAAGUUUCUUUUCUGGCUUAACCUUCUCAGUUUGAGAAGUGACCUAGUGGUCCCUGUCUCCUUCACGUAUGCGUCUGAGCUCUGAAAUGUAGAAAUAUUAUUUCACAAAUAAGUUCUUUCCUCCCCAUCCCUUUUGUGGGAUGUAUUGACUAUGCCAUAUGUAAAAUAUAGUUAAUAAUGAACUUUAAAGCAAGACAAGCCCUUUAUGCUAUGCCUAGGGACUAAUCCUACAUGACCAGGUCAUGUACCCUACCCUGUUAAUAUGCAAGGAUAUAAAGUUUCUAUGCUCUGAAGGUGAAAUUUAUCCUUUUGGAGAAGGUUAGCAUUAGGCCUGUGCACUUAAGUUUUCGAAAAAGCCUUAAAAUAGGUGUGUGAGUGGUGCCAUCUCUCUCCUCAGGGAUGAUUUUCCCCCCAGUCCAGUGGUACUGUGGCAUACGGGAUGCAAGUUAUUAGUUGUAAGGUCGUUCCCCAGCUGAACGAAGUCAUUCAUUGAAGUUUUAUUAGUGAGAACCUCUGGUACAGCCAAGGACCAGGGGCACCCACUUUUCCCACAACCUCCGUGUCAAACCCCAAACCCUUGGCUGUCCAGGGAAGCGUGCAUUUCUACAACUAGUUUAUGAAUGAGAAAUAAAAUGGUCUGAUGCACAGGGUUGGUUUUUCAUUACUAGUCACAAACAGGUUGAGACACAAUAGAGCUUUAAAAGGAAAUGUCCCCUUUUAAAAAAUUAAUGAGAUUGUUGUAUUUUUUCUUGUCCAGCUCUUCUACAAAGGGCAAUUUCUGCCAUUGUUCAGGCUUGCUUUACUCAUGUGAUGCUAGUAGAAGGGUUUUGCCACAGUUCUGUUAUUUCUUAUGACCAAAACCGCUCGUUUUGUACUAUCAUUUCUGGUUGUCUGUUGAAGCAGGCACAUGCCAAGGAUGACUGAAUUCCUGACCAUCGCAAAAUAAUGUAGGAAACAGUACAGCAAAAGUAGAUGGCUUAAUCCCCACGAUAUCAUGUCUUUGACUUUCUGUUUGAUUCUUAGAGACACUUGUACGACGUAGUACAAUCUUCAUCCAAAGAUCCAUGGCAGUGGAGAGUCAGGCCAGGAGUUCCCUGCUGCUUCGGUGACACACUUGCUUGUGGCAUAGUUACUGUGUAAUUCUGUGGUAAUGUUCAUAACAGCACCAUCUCUCUGUUGGUACCAGGAACCAUGGCAUUAAGUCGUGUUACAUCUUCUGUCGAUGCGGGUAAUGAAUAUGCAUUUUUAGGAGUUGUUACGUGUGUGUAUGUACACGAUUCCAGUACGGGAAGCCCCCUGUAUGUAUUUACAUGCUUGGUCUCGGUGGGGCAGUAGAAUUGCUACAGCCAGAAUCAUGAAAUCGUUUGGGGCAUAGGUGAGUGGAGGCUUAAAACCACUCUGCAUUUUAAUGCAUAGCAUGCUAUUUUCCCAUUUGUCAGAUAAGUUCCGUGUUGUAAAUGCAGGAUUAUCCAUCUGAGAGGUCGGAUUUCUUGAGAUAUGCGGGUUCAGCUAACCUGGGGAGGGAGAAAAUCACGUUCAGAAUACAUAAAAAUAAUUCCGAGGGUCUGAGAUGUGCAAAAGCCAGGUAGUUUGAAAUUAAGGGUCAAACUUUGUCUGUAACAUCCCAUAACAGUUGGUGUGAGGGUUUUGUUUUGAUGUGGCCUAGGAGAAGUUAAUAUCCUAGAUAGCUGCACAAGUAAAUCAUACUCUGCUAUAUUUAUGUACAGUGGGAAGAUGGAGAGUAAAGAAUUUUGCCAUGUAUUUAAACAAUUGCAAAAACCACUGAUCAGUAAAUUUAGCCAAGUAACAAAUAUAAGCAAGUGGUUUGUUCUUGCUUUCCCUGAGCUGAAUAUUCAAGUAUUCUUGGGAAUGAGAUUGAAAUUCUCUGCUUCGCAGUUCUUCUUGGAAGGCAAGUGCUGUUUCAAGAGAAGAACUAAAACUUGGCGGCACUUGACUUGCUCUGAAGUACAAUCCUAUCUCCAAGUAACUAAAAAAAAAAAAAAAAAAAAAAAAGAUGUUUUCUACAAUCAGUCCUUCAGUCAGACUUCUCUGGCUUUUGUUAGUUUACAUUAGACCCUUAGUACUAUUUUGAUGUAUUAUUUAUGUGAGUAAAUUAUUACUAGCUUUAAAAGUGUUUCCAAAGUACCUAGUUACCUCUGGAUGCUGGUACAGGCUCUGCUGCGAGUGCUUGAGCAUCUGGCUCCUAAAGGAGGCGUGUGGGGAAUAAGCAAGGUCACCUCUGUGUCGUACUUUUCUUUUUCCUUGAGCAGGGCUUCCACUUCCUUUCACCUCCUCAGGAGGUGGGGAUCAUGGAAAGGUCUUUUGUGGGGGAAAGAGGUUAGUUUAGUUUGAAAUGGUUUUAUUUUAAUUCAACAGGCAUGUCAUCAAAGUCCUGUACGUUACUGCAUUUCCCAUUAAGUUUUUAGUUCUCGCUACUUUCCUAAAAUGUAGUCUUUAACAAACUUUCUAUACUUGGAAAGCUAUGUGCCUUAUUUUCUAAUCUCUUCGUGGAGAAUAAUCUAAAGCACAGUGAUGUAGAUCGCAGCAUUCACAGCUUUUCACUUGGGUGGGGGGAAAGCAAGCGCCAACCAAGGAGCACUUGCGGCCCAGCGUUAGUUGCCCCCUUGCUACUGAGCACUUCAAACACUGUGCGUUAAGUCUUUGUGCAAUAGAAAUUCUCACUCUGCGUCUGGAGGCCCCGUCCGCUGAGCGCAGGCGAGCGCAAGCACCGGUUUAGAGAAUUUGGGUUCCUGACGAACAGCCCUGCCUGGCUCGGCUCCGGCAGCACGGCGGGCGCAGGCUUCGAAAGCCCAGCAUUGUCCCGCGGCGUUAACGCUCCCGAGGCCGUGCCGUCCCGUGCCGUGCCCGCAGCUCUGUCCGCAUUCAGGAACCGCUCGUGGGCUCCAGCCCUCGCUAACUGCUACGUGUCCCUCGUGCCAUUGGGAAUCCGUGCUGUCUGUCUUGUCUUCGGGGCCCAGAGCGGGGCCGGCCCUGGGGGCCGGGGGCCGAGGCGCUGUAGGGUCAGUGCAGUCGCGUUGGGUCUGGCGAAGCUCGGGCUUCCUCCCACCUGCAUCCUCAGCAGCACUUCUGCGUCACGCUCCAAGCUUGCUCUCUCUACAGCAUCAUAAGGUGAAAUAUAUAAAGGCGGUUUGUCAUUAGGAAAACAAUCUAACAUUUCCUAUUUAUGAGAUUAAUUUUAACAGUUUCUUUUUUUUUUUUGAGGUUUGUUUUUAUUUGAUACGAACACAACAGGAGUAUACAUAUCCUGUGAGCAGACAUUGGAGAAAGUUGGAUGGAGUGGGGUGCUGUCGGCUCGUAUCCAUAUCACUGUGCCCCUGUUGUGUUUCCUAGAGCAAUCAUUUAAAAAAAAAAAAAAAAAAAAAAAAAAAGUAUUUUAUCUAAAUGCCUAAUAAAUAAUAUUAUUUAAAUAGUUUUAAAAUAAUUUAGGACUGAGAAUAAGAAGCCUCAGUUGUGAGAGAAGAGACUUAAAAUAUACAGAGAGAGAAAAUACCCUUAGCCUCCUAGAGCCUCUACUGAGAAUUUCAUGAAGAUGCAGUGCCCCUUUGUCAAAGUACAUUGUGAUUUACUCGCGUGUUAAUUUAAAAUGAGAGACUGGUUUCCUGUGAUGUUCAUCUUUGUUGGCAUAUGUUUGAAUUUUUGAAUUCAAAGCUGAUUUUCUUCUCAUUCAAAGUUGGUCAAGAUUUAAAACAAAACAAAAAAAAAAUCAAAAAAAUCAAAAAAGGGAAAAAAAAGAAAAAAGAAAAAAAAAAAAACACCUGGUGCAGCAGCAACUUUUCCUGGUGUGAACUCUGGAAAUGCACGUUGUAAAUUGAUCUUUGUCACGGAGGAGUUGUUUAAGUUUUCUUGCGGUGUGGAAACACGUUCAGACAGGCUGUCCCUGGCUAGGUAACACGUCACGAGCGAGCGAGAGAAAAGCUGCAGAAGCAAAAAUGAAAACUGUUGCGCUAGAAAUUCCCCCUGCUUGUGGCAGGGGAGCGCGUGUCUGCACGAGGGACAGGGCAGAGGGCCGCCGGGCAGCACCGAGCCGGCCGGCCCCACGGUGAGACCUUACGGUGGGCAAAGGGGGAAGGUGCUGAGCUAGUUGCAGGGCACAUCACCACUUCUGUGGAUUUGGAAGCAAAUUUGCACUUUGCCUUUCAAGGGUGUCCCACUAAAAACCAUCAGAUGCAUUUCCCACGCGAGGUUUUUUUUUUUUCCUUUGACAUAGUCUGAAAGAAAAAAAAAAGGCCCUCUGGUAAUGAUUGGGUAACCUCAGCAAAGAAAAAGCUUGUUCCUGUCAGAAUACUCUAUGCAUUUCUGUGUUGCAAAGCGUUUUCUGCCAUUCCUUUCACAAAAGCGGGCACUGUGCGCCCCACUCGCUGGAAAUGCUCCGCGAAUGUCAAACGUACGAAUUUGGACGUUAAUUCCAAAGCAGAUGGAGGCUGGCUGGGGUGGGGGGGGAUGUUUCUUUUUUUUUUUUUUUUUUUUUUUUUUUUAAUUGUUUCCCUCAUGUCCCUUUCCAUUUUUUAUUAAGAAAAUUAACUCUUUGCAUUUGUGCAAUAACUACUUGCCAUGAUAAUGGGCAGACCUUUGAAAUGCCCCGACUACUAACACAGCACAAGAUGAACUCAAACAGAAAGUGGUGUACUUUUUCCUGAGAACUUUUUUUUUAAAAAAUAAUAAGCUCAGUUUUUACCCCAGUGUAUUGUGGUGUCUUACAUUUUUAGCAGUAUUUUAUAUUUUUUCUGUAACGCACUAAGUCUUAGAUGUUUUUAGAGCUUGUUUGUUAUAUUCACAAUCACAGAUUAAAAAAAAAAAAAAAGAUCCUCACAAAGACCCAAUUGACCAAAAAAAGUGUCAUUUUUUUUGUACAAGUAGCUUUGAGAAGCCCACAUUGUGUUGCUGUGACUCAUCUUUUGUAACAUUUUAUUUCUUGGUAUUUGUUUAAACAUAAAAAGUAAGAGUUUAUAUGGCUGGCAGUAGCGGGGAAGCGCUCCCUCCGUCAGCAGAAUGGCAUUGUUUCUUCUGUCUUUGUUUGGUUAGCCAUAUAAUGUUUGUUCUCAGCACUGUACAACGGUCCCUAUAUGAUAUGGAGAAGCAAUAUCACUGUAUGAAACUCACACGAUGUAUUAUUAUUAUUAUUAUUCACUAGCACCCUAGGUGUGAUAAUUGAAGUAAAUAUCUUUUAUACAAACACAA